GUUUAAAACGGAGCAAUUUGAUGCUCCAUUCUGUGGUAAGCUAACAUCGGCUAAUACAGUAAGUCACAUCCUGACAGUAACUCGGACGUACAGACGGAUUCCCCACAGCCGGACCGAAGGACGAAGACACCCGCUGAGUACUACUCCUCGGAGUGGUUAAAAUGAACAACAUGUCCCCUGAGGUUGCACUCAACCGGAUCUCACCUGAGUUGCGGCCCUUGCUGUGCAGCGUUGUGCGGAACGGCCGUGUAGGACUCGACUCCACAAACUGUCUCCGUGUGACAGACCUCAAAACUGGAUGUACAUCUCUGACCCCGGGUCCCUGCUGUGAUCGCUUCAAACUGCACAUCCCCUAUGCUGGGGAAACCCUGAAAUGGGAUAUCAUAUUCAAUGCACAGUAUCCAGAAUUGCCACCAGAUUUUAUUUUUGGAGAAGACGCCGAGUUUCUCCCUGAACCCACAGAGCUACCACACUUGGUCCAGUGGGACGCCGGGAACCCAGAAUGUUUGCUCCAGCUGGUGAAGGAGCUUAUCCAGCAGUACCACCACUACCAGUGCCAGCGUCUGCGAGAAAGCUCCAGGCUGCUCUUUGAGUAUGAUAGCCUGCUGGAGGACCCCAACUACGGCCGCAACAUGGAGAUCUAUGCAGGACGCAAGAACAGCUGGACGGGAGAGUUUUCAGCCCGUUUCCUUCUUAAACUCCCUGUGGACUUCAGCAACAUCCCUGUCUAUCUCCUUAAGGACACAGCACUGGACCCUGGAGAGGAUGUGGCCCUUCUCUCAGUGAGCUUUGAGGAUGCUGAGGCUACCCAAGUCUUCCCUAAACUCUACCUUUCCCCCAGCAUUGAACAUGCUCUGGGAGGCUCUUCAGCACUUCAUAUCCCAGCAUUCCCUAGUGGAGGAUGCCUAAUUGACUAUGUCCCUCAAGUGUGCCAGCUACUCACCAACAAGGUGCAGUAUGUCAUCCAAGGCUAUCACAAGAGGAGAGAGUACAUCGCUGCUUUCCUCAGCCACUUUGGAAUGGGCGUGGUGGAGUAUGAUGCAGAAGGAUUUACAAAACUGACUCUUCUACUCAUGUGGAAGGACUUUUGCUUCCUAGUACACGUGGAUCUCCCGCUGUACUUCCCCAGGGACCAGCCCACCCUCACCUUCCAGUCUGUGUACCACUUCACCAACAGCGGCCAGCUCUAUUCUCAGGUGCAGAAGUCCUAUCCCUACAGCCCUCGCUGGGACGGCAAUGAGAUGGCAAAGAGGGCCAAGGCGUACUUCAAGAGCUUUAUCCCUCAGUUCCAAGAGGGAGCCUUUGCCAACGGGAAACUCUAGUACUCUCUUUCUCUUAAUGACAUGCCUGGAGAGUUGCCUGUGGGAGUGUGUAUGUGAAUGUGUGUGUGUGUUUGUGCAUGCCAUUGUGUACCUGUUUAAGAGUAUGCACAGACUUACAUUUGUGAAAGGUACUGAACUGUAACAGUACAGUGAGAAUGACAGUGUGCUUUUUGCACACCGACUCUGUGAAUUCCACAGCUUGACCUUGAAAUGGUUGCCUCUUAGUUUAUUCACUUUUUUUUAUCUUAGCUUUAGUGAGAAGCCGCUGUGUAGAAAUUUAGAAGAAGUCAUCCUGGCACUGCAAUAUGCUGCAGCUAAAACCUGAAAACUCUCUCCAAAUUUCUGAAAUAAGCACAAACACUGAAAAAUAGAAUUUAUGCUGUAGAUACAAAGCAAUUGGUGUGAUGGUUAAGUUAAAGAUAAUGUGAAAGUAGCCGACACGUGAACAGUGAGCUUAUGUCACACAAUGUGGUGGGAGCAGGCUGAAAUGAUUGUUUGGUGCUUGUUACCAGCUCACAGUAAAGGGCCUUUAUUUUGAAGAGAAACUCCAAACUUGGACAGGAACUUGAUGUGACAAUCUGUCUGUCUGACCUAACAAUAACUAGUAUUGUUUAAUUGUGUUGUGCCAAUGAUGCCUGGCUUCAAGCAGUCAAACCACAAAGGGUUGGGCUCGCAACACUCCAUCCAGAGCUGCCAUGCUAUGAACAGAUAUUUGUUGAUAUGUAAACAAUAUGUAAACUAUUAACUAUGUGUAAAUCACAAAGAGCUGUAGGGGCGAUUAAGAACACCUCUGUUUACUGUUUGUUUGUCUUUGUCACUCACACAAUUGUCAAGUUGGGAUCCACUGUUGAUGUUAAAAACAAUUUUUGCCUUUAAAUUGUGUGUUCCAUUUGACUGUUUAAAGCCCUGUGAAGUCUUUUACUGACAUGCUGACAGUACUGUAAGUUAGAAUAUGUUUUGUCAAAAUUUCUACCCAGUAAAGAAGUCUGUUUCCCCUCA